ACCCAUUAAGAUGGUUCGACUCACGUACAAGAAAGUAAUGAACCCUAGCUCACCAAGGAAACGAAGAAAUGUGAAUUUCUGUAGCGUUGUGAAGUAUGUUCUCGCAGGGAGUACUUUCGAUAGUAGUACCUAUAAAACGAUAAUUUCAGCUGUUUGAAAUACAAAAAAUUAUACUUUUAAUUGCAGAAAAGUAUAAUGGGACCACAAAAAUCUCUUGCUUUUUCUUCUCUUCGUGCAUAACAACAAACAGGUGGUCGCAAGCAUCUUUAUUAUUAUUAUUAUUGUCUUGUGUGGGGAAAUGAAAAAAAUGUUAUGUAAAAUAGAAUUUCAUGGAAUUUAUGUUCAUUUCUAUCUCAACGUUUUCUCAGUAAAUAUUUCUUUGGGUUGACAGGGAAAUCAUUUUUUUCUUGUCCACAUCGUAAUCGAAAAAAAGUCGUUCAAGUUCACUAUCAGCUGAUGUCGAACUUGAACUGGUUAAAUAGUUUUUGUAGUUUCCAAUAUGCGUGGAAGUGGAAGCAACAGUAAGGUACAAUCACCAGUUUCUCCCAAGACCCCAUCAAUGUCUCUGCGGGAAGAAAAAAUUAUCGAGGACUAUUUUCAGCUUCUCAGUGAAUUCAAUUUUGAUCAAGCCAGAGAGUUGACUGAAAGAGAAAGAGAUCUCACGAAAUCAAACAUUACUUCACAUUGGCAUAUGUUUGUCAAUGCACUGAUUUUGUUAGCAAAUGAUGAGAAAUCGUAUAUGUCUUUAUCAUUUCUUGGUCCUAAAUGGUUUUCAACUAGACAUAAAGAUACCCUGCGGAAUUCAUACCAAAAUUUGAUUGCAGACUUUCGAAAGAUCUAUGAGAAUGUUCAACAAAAUGAACCACAUGUUAACUUAGAUGUGUUAUUGGGUCAUUUGUGUGAACACCUUGAACAUUUUCCAAUGGCUCGCUUAAGAACUAUGGAUCUCUAUGAGCAGUUGACUACUAUUGGCAACAAUAGAAAUUUCAACUAUGAAGAUCCAGUUAUGGUUUGUACUGAAAUUGUUAACACAUUCCAGAAAUGCUUUCAUCAUCCUUUGUUAAGCCAUCUGAAAACAAGCUUUAACUACGAGUGUGAAAUUAUUCAACAUUUGCUGACCACACAAAUUCAAGUUUCAGAACUUGAUUAUUUACCAGCAUUGUUACAACUUCAUCAAGCACACACAAAGUUGGCACAAUGGGGUACUUGCUUGCCAGCUAAAGAGUUAGCACCAGUGCCCAGUGUUGGUCCUGUAGUGGCCAAAAGCACUGUGCCUGCUGCUGACCCUAUGGCUCACACUGCUAGUCGGACAAAACGAUCAGCAUUCAGUGUUACUUCAAGCCGACAGAAUUCUUGUUUAACUCUUUUCACAUGGCUCCUUAAAUACAAGAAUUUACUCCUGUCCAAAUUUAGUAUUUACUUCUACGAAAUCAUUAACAAGAAUGCUAAUUCACCUUUAGAAAUGAGGAAUCUCUGUUCCAAACUUCCGGAAGAUUAUUACACACGAAUCACUAAUUUUGAGAAGAAAGCAGACAUUUUUGUAUUUCUCAUAGUUGCUGACACAAAUGGUUUAAAUCACUGUUACACAAACAAUGGUUAUUUUCACCCCAGUCGGAGUUUACCUAAACCUCAAGGCAUCAACUCUUUCCCUUCAAUCUUCAAAUACCCUGCUGAUCGCAAUGUUCAUAAGCACUGGCCAAAUAUUUUGAUGAUAAUCAACAGAAAGAAGUCCCAUGAUCAAGGAUCACAAGAAAAAGUGAUCUGGUUCUAUGACAAAAAUGCUCACAGUACAUAUUUUAUUACUCUCGUGGAAUUUCGUAUUUCUCUGGUUGUCAUUACUGAUGGAAAGAGGUCAGAACGAGACUCUCCUAUUAGCAACUUUUUGGCAGAAUUCACAACCCAGUUAAGAUGUAACAAACAUUUUGCGUCGCUAAAACCUGGCUAAACAUCAUUAUUUCUGUUAAAUGCUGUAUAUGAAUCACUAUUCAAGCUUUGGGUAUUUCUUGUAAAGUGAGGCUGCUCAACAGAUUUUUUCUUUGCAAAUAUUUUUUUUUAUGAAAUAUAUAAAAGAAGACACUGUGAUAAUAGGAAAAAAACAACAAAUUAAAAAAAUCCAACAGUUCAAACUCA